ACUCGAGUAUUAUCAGGCCAUAUUUAGUUUAAGACGAACUCAUUCUCCACACCGGCAGGGGGCGGUAAUACACCAUUUUGCUGUUUGCCAACCGCCAACAAAUGACGAAAAAGAAAGAAAGCCGCAGACGAGGAAGAAGCAGCGUUGGCUGUCAACACACCGGGACUGUUUAUCGGGACCGUCACCAUGCGUCUGCUCUGUAAGACACCGCGGAUUUACUCACACGUGUGUCAGCUCAACCUGCUGACGCAGCAGAGGAAGAAGCAUCUGUGGAACCAGUUCUGGAGAUUAUCUCACCUCCCGGGGCUUCGUCCGUUCAUUAACCGCACGCUGCAUCCCCCCUGCCGGCCGUCGCACAGCUGGUUCAGGAGCAGAAUUAAUGGCUGCAGGUGGAGCAAAACCAUCUACCUGAAUUCACAGAGUCAGAAAAAAGUCACCCUCGUGCAUGUAAGUGAACUGUCUGCGGCAGCAUAUGAGAAGCUGGCCGAUGAGACAUUGGACGCUCUGGCUGAUUACUUUGAAGACCUCACAGACGAAGCUUUUACUGGGGCCGACUAUGAUGUUCUCUUCUCUAGUGGUGUUCUGACAGUGAAGCUGGGUGGAGACCACGGCACCUAUGUGAUCAACAAACAGGCGCCAAACAAACAAAUCUGGCUUUCUUCUCCUACCAGUGUACCCGAACAGCUGUCCUGUGACGUACUUGGACCGAACACAGGUCUGGGCCGGCGUCUCCCCAACAGCGCACACGAGCCAAUGUUCUUGUGAUGGACCGUAUCCAACACAAGCCUGGGGCCUCAAACUGCCAAGAAUUUCCCUCCGGAGACUCGAACUGCGGAGUCAGCCAGCGUUCCCCCCUCAGCCAGACAAAAUUUAUAUUUAUAUUUCUCUGUUGACAAACUGGUGUAAUAAGAAUCUGUUGUAAGUCAGUAUAGAGUAAUGUUACUUCCCUCUUCCUUUCUUCUCUU